AUGAAUCAGAAUAUUGUUGUUGACUUGUUGGUUUCCGAAUUCGACAACAUAGUGACUAACUCUUCUAACUCGGUUGGUGUUCUAGGUAGUAUGGGUUGGAAAGAUCUGCUUAUUCUUCCUUUCUUUGUUACUUGUCCACUUGAUUUGUCCCUUAUUAUUGUGAUUAAAUGUGAUGUUCUUAGAAAGUUUAGCAAAAAGAGACCCCUUGAAAAAGGGAUUAUAGAAACCAUGCACGAAAAUGACUCAACUCUUCAACAAUCUCUAAUUAACAAAGGCCUCAAUGUUACACUAGACUCCAAAAACAACACACUCAAAAUAAAAUUUGAUGCAGUAGUUGUUGGAUCUGGCUCUGGAGGAGGUGUAGCAGCUUCUGUCCUUUCAAAUGCAGGACACAAAGUGCUUGUUCUAGAGAAAGGAAACUAUUUUGUUCUAGAGGAUUAUUCAUCACUAGAAGGUCCUUCGAUGGAUCAACAAUAUGAAUGUGGAGGAAUGUUAGCUUCUGUUGAUUCAAGAAUACUUAUUUUGGCAGGUUCAACAGUUGGUGGCGGCUCAGCUGUUAAUUGGUCAGUUUGCAUAAGAACACCAAAAAAAGUGUUAAAAGAAUGGUCAGAGGAACACAAACUUUCCAUAUUUUCAAGCUUAGAGUAUCUAUCUGCUAUGGAAACUGUGUGUGAGAGAAUUGGUGUCAAUGAAAAUUGUACACAAGAAGGGUUACAAAAUCAAGUACUGAGAAAAGGGUGUCAAAAUCUUGGCUUAAAAGUUGAUUAUGUUCCAAGAAAUUCAUCGGGGAACAAUCAUUAUUGUGGUUCACGUGGUUAUGGUUGUCCAAAAGGAGAGAAACAAGGGACUCAAGUUACAUGGCUUGUAGAUGCUGUUGAAAAAGGUGGUGUGAUAAUAACAGGAUGCAAAGCUGAGAGGUUUUUAUUUGAAAGUAAUUACAGGAGUGGAAAUACAAGAAAGAAGAAAUGUUUGGGUGUUUUGGCAAAGACUUUAAAGAGUAGAGUCACAAUGAAGCUACAAAUUGAGGCCAAAGUAACAAUUUCUGCAGGUGGUGCACUUCUGACACCUCCAUUGAUGAUAUCUAGUGGUUUAAAGAAUAAAAACAUUGGUAGAAACCUUCAUCUCCACCCUGUGUUAAUGAUAUGGGGAUACUUUCCAGAAUCAAAAUCAGAUCUCAAAGGUAAAGUCUAUGAGGGAGGUAUAAUCACAUCUGUUCAUAAAGUACUAUCAUCAUCAACAUGUGAUGAUUUAAAAUCAGACAUAAGAGCCAUAAUUGAAACACCAUUACUAGGACCAGCAUCAUUUGCAUCACUAUGUCCAUGGGAAUCAGGACUAGACUUCAAACAAAGAAUGCUAAACUUUCCAAGAACAUCACAUUUAAUCACAAUAAUAAGGGACAAAUCAAGUGGACAAGUAACAAAGGAAGGAAGAGUAAGCUAUAAAUUGGAUUCAACUGAUAAAGAGAAUAUGAGAGCUGGUUUACAACAAGCAGUGAGAAUUCUUAUAGCAGCAGGAGUAGUUGAAGUAGGGACACAUAGAAGUGAUGGUCAAAGAAUUAGAAUUAAUGAGAAUAUCAGUGAAGAUGAAAUUGAAGAGUUUAUAGAUAGUGUGUGUCCUAUGGAUGGAGUAUUGUGGCCAGGUGAGAGCUGGAAUUUGUAUAGUUCUGCACAUCAAAUAGGGAGUUGUAGAAUGGGUGUGAAUCAAAAUGAGGGUGUUGUUGAUGAAAAUGGUGAGAGUUGGGAAGCUGAAAGAUUGUUUGUUUGUGAUGCUAGUGUUCUUCCUACUGCUAUUGGUGUUAAUCCUAUGAUUACUAUUCAGUCAACAGCUUAUUGUAUCUCAAGUAGAAUUGUAGAUUUUCUUAGAAAGGGUCAAGAAUAA